UUUAUUUAUAAAUUUUCUAAAAAUUUCGACAAUUUUUAAAAACAACAACAACAACAAAUAUGGGCAACUCAAGUUCCAUUUGCAGUGACCGGAAUGCCGUUAGCAGCAUCAACGAUAACGGCUCACCAGUGUAUCCAACGGCGUACAACUCGUCUUGCAAUUCUGCCAAUGUUCAAACAACAAAAAAUCAAAAUCAAAACCACCACCAACACAUAUACAAAACAACAAUUCCAGUCAACGAACACGAAACAGCUGAUUCAUGUAUGAACGGCGGCACAAUAGCACAGCACCAACGAAAUAAUAAUGACGUAAUAAAUAUCAAACCCAAUGAAAGUUGUUGCUGUGCAACAUCGAACAACAACACUACUGGCACAAAUUUCAAAAAUAUACAAACAGAAACGACAACUGUGCGCAGUAGCCAGAGAAAUAAAAAUCAUACGACAACAACGAAAACAGCAACAACAAUCGAAUACGAACUAUCAAACGGCAUAGCGAAGCUUUGCAAAAUCAGUACUAGUCGCAUAGCGGAAGAACCAACAAGCGAUUCAGUUGAGUCAAAAUCGUCGUGUGUGUGCAACGAUACAAAGUUAACGCCGUUAUUAUCCUCAACUGACUUGGAAAAUUUAAAUAAAAAUUUAAAUACUAUAAACGAAUUUAAUCAAAAAUUAAAUUCAAACGUAAAUAAAUCAAUAAAUUAUCAACAACGCGCAAAUUACAGCAUGGAUUGUAAAGAAUUCUCUAAAUUAAAUGGCAACGACGAUGAACGCGAUUGCAUUGGCUUACACGGCACCGCAGGUGAAAGUGAUGUACCUGGUAAAAUCUCAGGAUUGGAGCAUCUGAAGAAUAAGAAAUAUAAUAAGGGCUUGGCCUUCUGCUUGGAAGAACGUCAAUUGCUCGGUAUACACGGUUUACUGCCUGCAGUUGUAAAGACCGAGGAAGAGCAAGUUACUCAUUCAUUGAUAUUACUGAAUCGUUUGGAGAACAAUUUGGACAAGUAUAUGUAUCUCAGUGACUUGGCUGAACGUAAUGAACGUUUAUUCUACAAGGUGUUGGCAUCGGAUGUGAGCAAAAUGAUGCCAAUCGUUUAUACACCGACCGUUGGUUUGGCUUGUCAAAACUUCAGUAAAAUCUUUACUCAUCCUAAAGGCAUGUACAUAACCCUUAAUGAUAGUGGACAUAUCUAUGAUGUCUUAAAGAAUUGGCCUGAAACGGAUGUACGUGCUAUUGUGGUUACGGAUGGUGAACGUAUUUUGGGUCUUGGUGAUUUAGGUGCUAACGGUAUGGGCAUACCUGUGGGCAAAUUAUCGUUGUAUACUGCUCUAGCUGGUAUCAAACCAAGCCAGUGUUUGCCUAUAACACUUGAUGUUGGCACAAAUAAUCAAAGCUUACGUGAUGAUCUGCUUUAUGUUGGUUUACGUCGCAAUCGUCUUUCUGGGGUGGUGUAUGAUGAAUUCAUUGAUGAAUUCAUGCAUGCCGUUGUCAGACGUUUUGGACAAAACUGUCUUAUACAAUUCGAAGAUUUCGGCAACGCUAAUGCUUUCCGCCUGUUAGCUAAAUAUCGUGAUAAUUUCUGCACCUUUAAUGAUGAUAUACAGGGUACUGCUUCUGUAGCAUUAGCUGGCAUUUUAUCAUCACUGAAAAUAAAGGAUACUGCUCUAAAAGAAAACACUAUUCUCUUCUUUGGUGCCGGUGAAGCUGCUUUGGGUAUUGCAGGCCUUUGUCUUAUGGCGCUUAUCGAUAAUGGUCUAACAGAGGAAGAAGCUAAAAAACGUAUUUGGAUGGUUGAUAGCAAGGGUCUUAUUGUCGUAGAUCGUCCAAAAGGUGGACUUACAUCGCAUAAAUUAAGAUUCGCACAAAAUCAUGAACCUAUUGAUUGUCUUGCCGAAGUCGUAAAAGCUGUUAAGCCAACAGUAUUAAUUGGUGCUGCUGCUGUUGGUGGCGCAUUUACACAAGAUAUUCUAGAAUCGAUGGCUCUAUAUAAUGAUAUUCCCAUUAUAUUUGCACUAUCCAAUCCAACAGACAAAGCCGAAUGUACUGCUGAAGAAGCUUAUACACAUACCAAAGGUACUUGCAUUUUCGCUUCUGGUUCACCAUUCCAACCUGUCGAAUACAAUGGUAAAUUACUACAUCCCGGCCAGGGUAACAAUUCAUAUAUUUUCCCCGGUGUCGCAUUGGGUGUUAUUUGUGCUGGCAUGUUGACCAUACCAGAGGAAAUAUUUUUAAUUGCUGCAGAAAAAUUGGCUUCGUUGUGUACACCCUCGGAUUUGGCAAAGGGCAGCUUAUAUCCACCCUUGCACAAGAUCACCAAAUGUUCAGUGGAAAUUGCUAUAAGUGUUAUGGAUUAUGCAUAUAAAAAUGGUUUGGCUACAGUACGACCUGAACCGGCAGAUAAGGCGAAGUUUAUUAGAGCACAAAUGUACAAUCCUAAUUAUCAGCCAACUUUCCCCAAAACAUGGUUGCAAAAACUUUAAGCCGCUAAUAAGCUUAUAAUUUUUAUAUAUUUUAAUUUCUGAUUCACUUACACAUAUACACGCUUUUUAUAACAUUUCGACAUUUUAUUAAACUUUUAUUAAACAAU